AUGUUCAGGGACAAGAAGCAGCAGCAAUCUGACGAUGAUCUGGCUCCGGUGCCGACGAGUGAUCUGGGCGAGGUAGAGGAUUGUGUCAAGCCGGAGGAUGCUACCUCUACGCAGGAUGCUGUGUUCGGCGAGCUCCGUAAAGAUGGACCGAACUAUCGGAAUGUCGGCUGGAUGGGAACGGUUGUUUUAUUAUUCAAGACGCAAGUUGGCUUAGGGGUUCUCGGGAUUCCUGGUGCCUUCGACCACCUCGGCAUGGUGCCUGGAGUUAUCACUAUUCUUGUCAUUGCCUUCAUGACUACUUGGGCUGCUUGGAUGGUGGGCCGGUUCAAGUUGACGCAUGCUCAAGUCUAUGGAAUUGACGAUGCUGGACGAAUCAUGGCCGGAAAAGUCGCCAUGUUGAGCAUCUCCAUCGCCCUGAACUCAUUGUCGGAACAUGGCGCCUGCACUGCCAUCUUCGUGGUUGUUGCUUGUCUGAUCGGCUUCCUGUUCGGCAGUAUUCAGACCUUGGGCAAGGUCUCUUUCAUCGCCUGGGCGGGUGUUAUCGGAAUCUUGAGUGCCAUUUUCACUCUCACCAUUGCUGUAGGAGUGAAUGGUCGGCCUGCAGAUGCUCCUGCUGGUGUCACAGAAUCCGACUUCAAGGUCUUCGGCUCGUCAACCUUUCCUGAGGCUAUCUCGGCUGUGUCAACGAUUGUCUUCGCAUUCUCUUGCCUGCCAGCCUUCUUCUCCGUCAACUCCGAGAUGCGAAACCCACACCACUACACCAGAUCGCUCCUCAUCGCUCAGGGCGCCAUUACCGUCGUCUACCUUGUGAUCGGCGUCGUAGUCUACUAUUAUUGCGGCUCUUAUGUUGCGUCACCGGCUCUUGGAUCUGCAGGCUCUCUCAUGAAGAAGAUUUGCUAUGGCAUAGCCUUGCCGGGGUUGACAGCCAGCUGCAUGCUUUUUGUGCAUAUGCCUGCUAAAACCAUCUUCAUGCGAUUUAUGCGAGGCACCAAACACUUGACGACAAACACCCCGAUUCAUUGGAUGGCCUGGCUCACAUGCACAGCAACCAUCGCCGUGGUUGCAUACCUCAUUGGAUCUGGAAUCCCUGUUUUCGAUCAACUCCUUUCACUUGUUGGAGCACUACUUGCCACGGUAACGUGCUUUCAGCCCUCAGGAAUGAUGUGGCUUUUUGAUAACUUCAAGAGGCCAGAGCGGAGCUGGAAAUGGUAUUUUGGUCUGGGCAUGUCUAUUUUUAUGAUUGGUGCCGGCUCUUUCAUCACCGUUGGCGGAACCUAUGGUGCCAUUUUGGGGAUUGUAAACUCGUCCGAUCGCAGUAGUCCUUGGAGUUGUGCAGACAACAGCAACUCGACCUAG